CGGUCAGCUGAUCCACAGUAGAGCGAACAUGGCGGCGGAGAUCCACUCGAGGCCCCAGACCUCCCGCCCGGUGCUGCUCAACAAGAUCGAGGGGCACUCAGACGGGGUCAACGCGGCCGUUCUGAUCCCCAAGGAGGAUGGGGUGAUCACGGUCAGUGAGGACCGAACCAUCCGAGUAUGGCUGAAGCGGGACAGCGGGCAGUUCUGGCCCAGCAUCUACCACACCGUGUCCUCUCCAUGCUCUUGCAUGUCGUACCACCAUGACAGUCGGCGCAUCUUCAUUGGCCAAGACAACGGAGCCAUUGUGGAGUUUCUCAUAUCUGAGGACUUCAACAAGAUGAACCACGUGAAGACGUAUCCAGCCCAUCAGAACCGCGUGUCGGAUAUGGUGUUCUCACUGGAGAGUGAGUGGGUGGUGAGCACCGGCCAGGACAAGAGCGUGAGCUGGAUGUGCACCGAGAGCGGCAGCAUGCUGGGCAGACACUACUUCAGCUCCUGGGCCUCCUGCCUCCAAUACGAUCAGGAGACACAGCACGCUUUUGUGGGCGACUACUCGGGUCAGAUCACCCUGCUGAAGCUGGAGAGACAGACGUACUCCAUCAUCACUACCCUCAAGGGCCAUGAAGGCAGUAUCGGGGCCCUGUGGUGGGACCCGGUGCAGAAGCUGCUCUUCUCAGGGGCCUCCGACCACAGCGUCAUCAUGUGGGACAUCGGCGGGCGCAAGGGCCGCACCCUGCUGCUCCAGGGACACCACGAGCGAGUGCAGGCGGUGCGCUACCUACAGCUGACCAGACAGCUGCUGACCUGCUCUGUGGACGGAGGCAUCACCGUGUGGAACAUGGACACGCAGCGGGAAGAGGCUCCUCAGUGGCUGGACAGCGACUCCUGUCAGAAGUGUGAGCAGCCCUUCUUCUGGAACAUCAAGCAGAUGUGGGACAGCAGGACCAUCGGCCUCAGACAGCACCACUGCAGGAAGUGCGGCCAGGCCGUGUGUGCCAAGUGCAGCUCCAAGCGCUCCACCUUCCCCCUCAUGGGCUUUGAGUUCCAGGUGCGGGUGUGUGACAGCUGCUUUGACACCAUCAAAGAAGAAGAUCGGACAGCGCUGGCUACCUUCCACGAGGGGAAGCACAACAUCGCCCACAUGGACAUAGAUCCUUCCAGAGGCCUGAUGGUCACCUGUGGCAGUGAUCGCAUCGUCAAGAUCUGGGACAUGACGCAGGUGGUGGGCUGUAGCCUAGCAACAGUUUUCCCUGCACGCUGAACGCCGGCGCCACCCUUCAACAAGAACCCCUACCCCCCUAGUCUCCGCCCACUUCUGUGCUGAGCCGGGGGGGUGGAUGCAGUUCUCAUGGAAACACAUUGAUGUUUUUCACCCGCUGUAUGCCUAAACUCCCUUAUCCACCACUGGGCUUACUGGUGUGUGUGUGUGUGUGUGUGUGUGUGUGUGUGUGUGUGUGUGUGUGUGUGUGUGUGUGUGUGUGUGUGUGUGUGUGUGUGUGUGUGUGUGUGUGUGUGUGUGUGUGUGUGUGUGUGUGUGCAAAUGUUCCUUUGUGCUAAGGAUCAGAGCUGAUACCUUGUAUUGAAUUUGCCAUCAACAAAUCAUUUCGAUCCCCUUUUUAAAUGUUUGUGUAAAAUGAUUGUUAUUUAACGCAUAUUUCAAGCACAAUGCAUGUGUGGCUGUACAUGUUUGCACUCCCUCUUGUCAUGAUUGGGUCCCUAACCUUUGGGAAGUUAUAUUUGUAUUAGUCAUGGUAUGCACAGCCUAUUUCUAAUUGUCUCAUUUCAUCCAAAGUCAAAUCAAUGCGUCUCAUUCUCAGCGUCUCAAGGGCCUGCUUACUGCAUUCCAGUUGUGUGUGUGUGUGUGUGUGUGUGUGUGUGUGUGUGUGUGUGUGUGUGUCUGUGUGUCUGUGUGUUUGUCAACUUGUUAAUCUUUCAAUCUGCCCAUGAGUUCCUUGUCCCCCCCCCCCCACUAGUCUGCCUUACUCGACUCUCAGGAGGUCCCAUGGUGGAGGUUAGGGUUUGGUUAGCUACUGGACCUUCUAAAGCAACCUGACCUUGGAGUAGCCUCUGGGAUGUUUGGAGAGCUCCAAAGAGCUCUUCAGGGGACGCCCCUACAGAUGGAUGCUGUAUAACAGUAGCGGUGGUAUAGAGGAGACUCGAACGCCUUUGUUUUGAGACUGAACUUUGAUUUGUUAAGGGAGAAGAGGGGUCUCCCCCUUAGGGUCCUCAACAGGUACUUAAACUAGCUGUACACCCCGGCACUAGCGGUGUGUUUAAGGCCCUCAACAGGUACUUAAACUAGGUGUAUAACAGAGUACUAGCGGUGUGUUUUUCAGAGCUCACUUCCUCGGUUGCCUUAUUUAGGAAACACAUGAACAUCCUUAGAUCUUUAGGGAUCUGCUGAUGAUCCAUGGUCACUGAGACCCUCUGAACCCACUCAUGUUUGUAUUGCUUGCAGCGUAUUUGUUCUUUUCAUUCAACACUAUUUUAUGUUUCCUCUAUUUAUUUGGUGUCCUGGUCUCCUCUCCUAACUGCACUGCACUCAAUUGCACAAAUUGUGGUUUAAAAGAAAACUGAUGGUGAUUUGGUGUUUUUUUCUUCGUGACCGUGGAGGAUGAGUUGAACUUGGCAUGGUGGAUGAGUUGGACUGAUUGAACUGGGCAUGGUGGAUGUAGCAUUCUCUGUUGGUUAGGUGUGGCCAACAUGGUAACAGUGUAGACUUCCUUAACUCUAUCCUGAAUAUUGGCUGAUUAAAGCAGGAACAUAAUGUUAACCUAAUACUAAUCUGUAGAAACAUUCCAGUUCUUUGAUCUUAAUGUAUAUUUAUAUUGGUAUUGGAUAUAUUUUUACGAUGGUUUCUGCUGGUGCCCAAAUGUUGUUCUUUUUUCUUAUGACACAACGCCUCCUGCAUGUUCCCCGGGGUUAUCUGCAUGGGAAAUAAAUGUUUGUGACAAACUACACGGUGGUCUAGUGAAAGCAAAUGCCUACCAGUCUACCAACGUCCUGGGACUGCAUUAUACGAUAUCUCCAUACCCCAAGACCCUGAGAGGCCCCAGAAUUAAGAUAGGCUGACAUCUGCUCCUGCUGGCAGGGCUGCUCCAGGCCCCUACAACCCUUCAGGGCCCCUACAGGGCUCAGAGAUGGUACCUAGAGGUUACCUAGUGGGCCCCUACAGUGUAUCUGUAGGGCUCUUACAGGGGGCUCCUACAGGGACCUUACAGGGUUAUGAGGUUGCAACAGUACAAUCAAGAUUCAAUCCAGCCAAUGGCAGAACAUCUGUUUGGAAGACAUCACUUGGUGGUGUUGUACUUUCUGCUCAACCCCUCCAUCUGUGAGGGGGAGAUAUAGGACACGAGAAAGGGGAGGUGGAUGCAAUGUACAUCUAAUGAAUCACAUCUAUAAAGAUUGGAUAUGAGUUAACCUUUAGUUCCGGUUUAGUGUUACAGCCGUAGCACUUCACCAGCAGCAUGAGUAUCAAUGAUCUACUUCUUAGUGUAAAGGUCCACUCUUUGUUUUUGCAACACUGCAAAAUGUAGUCGCAUAUUUAGUUAGAACUAAAACUAAUUUCUGGGAUUCUCUUUCUUUAGCUCUCUCUCCCGUAUCCGCUUGUAUAAGACAAAUCCUUCCAAUAUGUUCUGUUGUAUAUCUCAAAUUAUAGUAUUUUUAAGAACGAUAUGAUACUGACAUGUAGCUCACCCCUGUCCUCCCGUGGGUCUGGGAGAGAGAAACUGAACGAUGCUAAAUAAAGACAUUACAAACAAUGA